UAACUCGUCUCCGUGAUGACAGAACCGAAGGCUGCAGAGCACGGAAUAAAUGCCGGCGCACGACCUAGUCUGAGCUCAUCGGAGGCCACGCUGUUUCAUAUUUAUACGGCAGCAGCCAGCAGCGUGCAGCCACGCUUCCGAUGUGACAGACGGAGUGCGGCGCUCCGUGGUACCUCAGCCCUGCAGACGGAUCGCGAUCACAGGAGAUUAUACACGGGAGACCGCUGAACUUUUCAGCCCGCUGUAAAAAGAGUUGCCUGCAAGUGAAGGGAAUGCCAGUCUCAAAAAAGUGGAGAGGAAGAUAAACUCGAUCGACUUGGUUAAUCACAGAGCUAAAGUUAACUUAUUUCAAUCACAUCUCCUAUUCAUCUAGCUGCUGAAAAACCCGCAGCAUGCAGGACCCUGAGCCGAGCGUCUACCAGCUGCAGCCCAACAUCAUCUCGGUGAGGCUCUUCAAGAGGAAGGUUGGGGGUCUGGGUUUCCUGGUGAAGCAGAGGGUGUGCAAGCCGCCUGUCAUUGUGUCGGAUCUCAUCCGGGGUGGGGCAGCGGAGGAGUGCGGCCUGGUCCAGGUUGGAGACAUCAUCCUGGCCGUCAACAACAAGCCCCUGGUCGACAUGAGUUACGAGAGGGCACUGGAGACCCUCAAGAACAUCUCACCUGAGAGCCAUGCCGUGCUCAUCCUCAGAGGGCCAGAGGGCUUCACUACCCACCUGGAGACCACCUUCUCUGGAGACGGGCGUCAGAAGACUGUGAGGGUUACUCGGCCACUCUUCCCUAGGUCCUUUGAGGGCUCCAUGCAGGGCAACAAGGAGCAGCUGCGGGCAAUCGAGAACCUCUCCCCAAGCAGGGAGCAGAGCACUCUCAUCCAGAUGAACAGCAUGGUCUCCUCACUGAUUGCUCCAGGGGAAUCCGGGGACUGCCAUGCCCUCCUAAAUGGCGUUGAAGAGAACAAGGAGCUGUUGAGGGAAAUAGAGCCUGUUCUAAAGCUCCUCAAGCACAGCAAGAAGGAUAUCAAUGGGGUGGACCCAAGAGACACAGAAGUCCAAGUGGGCAGUGUUGCUGUGAUGGGCAAAGAGCUGGCCUCCAAUGCAGAUCUGGCCCUCGAUGACCCAGUGAGAAGGGAUGACCCACCAACAGUACUCAACAACCCCUACUCCGAGGACGAGAAGGUAUCUCAAGGCGUGAUGUCCCCCACGAAGCCUUCACAGAAUGGGAGUCCGUCUAAGUGCCCUCGCUUCAUGAAGGUCAAGAACUGGGAGACCGGGACGCUGUACACUGACACGUUGCAUCUAAACUCCAGCAAGGUACCGAUCUGCACAGAGAAAGUGUGUAUUGGGUCCGUGAUGACCCCAAAUCAGCAAGCCAGGAGACCGGAUGAGGUCCGACCCAAAGAAGAGCUACUUCCUCUUGCUACUGAUUUUAUCAACCAGUACUACACCUCCAUAAAAAGGUUUGGCUCAAAGGCCCAUAUGGACCGGCUGGAGGAGGUCACAAAAGAGAUCGAGGCUUCUGGGACUUACCAGCUGAAAGACACUGAGCUUAUCUAUGGUGCUAAGCAUGCUUGGAGGAACGCGGCGCGCUGUGUGGGGAGGAUCCAGUGGUCCAAACUUCAGGUCUUUGAUGCUAGGGACUGCACGACUGCCCAUGGAAUGUUUAAUUACAUCUGUAACCACAUCAAGUACGCCACCAACAAAGGCAACCUCAGGUCUGCCAUUACCAUAUUUCCUCAGAGGACAGAUGGCAAGCACGAUUUCCGUAUCUGGAACAGCCAGUUAAUUCGGUAUGCGGGCUACAAACAGCCCGAUGGAUCCAUUUUGGGAGAUCCAGCAUCCGUUGAAUUGACUGAGAUCUCCAUACAGCAAGGGUGGAAAGCACCAAAGGGACGCUUUGAUGUCCUACCCCUACUUCUCCAAGCCAACGGCAAUGAUCCCGAGCUUUUUGAGAUUCCCGAUGACCUGGUGAUGGAGGUGCCAAUCACACAUCCCAAGUUUGAGUGGUUUGGAGAGCUGAACCUGAAGUGGUACGGGCUGCCUGCAGUGUCGAACAUGCUGCUGGAGAUCGGGGGGCUGGAGUUCACUGGCUGCCCCUUCAGCGGCUGGUACAUGGGCACAGAGAUUGGCGUGCGUGACUUCUGUGAUGCUUCUCGCUACAAUAUCCUUGAGGAAGUGGCACAAAAAAUGACUUUAGAUACCAGGAAGACUUCAUCGCUGUGGAAAGACCAGGCGCUGGUUGAGAUAAACAUUGCAGUCCUCCACAGUUUCCAGAGCUCCAAAGUGACCAUAGUGGAUCACCACUCAGCUACCGAAUCCUUCAUAAAGCACAUGGAGAAUGAGUUCCGGGUCCGGGGGGGCUGCCCCGGGGACUGGGUGUGGAUCGUGCCGCCCAUGUCCGGGAGCAUCACCCCAGUGUUCCACCAGGAGAUGCUGAACUAUCGACUGACGCCUUCCUUUGAGUACCAGCCCGACCCAUGGAACACUCAUGUGUGGAAAGGAGUGAAUGGAACGCCAACAAAAAAGAGAGCGAUUGGCUUCAAGAAGCUGGCAAAGGCAGUGAAGUUCUCUGCCAAGCUCAUGGGUCAAGCCAUGGCAAAGAGAGUGAAGUCCACCAUACUGUAUGCCACAGAAACGGGGAAGUCCCAGGUCUAUGCCAAAACCCUAUGUGAGAUCUUCAAGCACGCCUUUGAUGCCAAGGUGAUGUCAAUGGAUGAUUAUGAUGUCGUGGAUCUGGAACAUGAAACCUUAGUGAUAGUGGUGACCAGUACAUUUGGAAAUGGAGACCCACCUGAGAACGGAGAGAAAUUUGGCGCUGCCUUGAUGGAAAUGAGACAUCCAACCUCCAACACAGAAGACAGAAAGAGCUACAAAGUUCGCUUCAACAGUGUCUCCUCGUAUUCAGACACACGCAAAUCUUCCAGUGAUGAACCAGAGCUGAAGGUCAACUUCGAGAGUACUGGUCCUCUCGCCAAUGUCAGGUUCUCUGUGUUUGGCCUUGGCUCCAGGGCCUAUCCACACUUCUGUGCCUUUGCCCACGCUGUGGACACGCUGUUUGAGGAGCUCGGUGGGGAGCGCAUCCUACGCAUGGGAGAGGGGGAUGAGCUCUGUGGACAGGAAGAGUCUUUCAGAACAUGGGCCAAGAAGGUCUUUAAGGCUGCCUGUGACGUUUUCUGCGUUGGUGAUGAUGUGAACAUUGAGAAGGCCAAUGACUCGCUAAUCAGCAAUGACCGCAGCUGGAAGAAGAGCAAGUUCCGCCUCACCUACACUGCUGAGGCUCCGGAGCUGACACAAGCACUGUACAACAUACAUAAGAAGAAGGUUUAUGGAGCAAAGCUGCUGAAACGACAAAACCUACAAAGUCCUAAAUCUGAUCGUUCCACAAUCUUUCUGAAACUCCACACAAAUAACCAUGACACCCUGAAGUACCACCCUGGAGACCACCUGGGCGUCUUUGCUGGCAACCAUGAAGACUUGGUGAACUCACUCAUUGAGAAGCUAGAAGAUGCUCCACCUGUCAAUCAGAUUAUGAAGGUGGAGUUCUUAGAAGAGAGAAGCACAGCUUUAGGUGUGAUCAGCAACUGGACAGAUGAGACUCGUAUUCCCCCUUGUACCAUCUAUCAGGCCUUCAAAUAUUUCCUGGAUAUCACAACUCCACCCAGCCCUCUCCUCCUGCAGCAGUUUGCCUCAUUGGCCAGCAAUGAAAAGCAGAAAAAGAAGCUCGAGCUCCUCAGCAAGGGCUUGCAGGAAUAUGAGGAGUGGAAAUGGUACAACAACGCCACCAUGGUGGAGGUUCUGGAGGAGUUCCCCUCCCUUCAGAUCCCAUCCACACUCCUGCUCACCCAGCUGCCCCUACUGCAGCCACGCUACUACUCAAUCAGCUCCUCGCCGGACACCUUCCCUGGGGAGAUCCACCUCACAGUGGCUGUGGUGUCUUACCGCACCAGAGAUAGUGAAGGCCCUAUUCACCAUGGUGUCUGCUCUUCCUGGUUGAACAGGAUAGAGGUUGACGAAAUGGUCCCAUGUUUUGUUAGAGGAGCUCCAACCUUCCAGAUGCCCAAAGACCCCAAAGCUCCAUGUAUCCUGAUUGGACCAGGAACUGGAAUCGCCCCCUUCAGAAGCUUCUGGCAACAGAGGCUGCAUGAUUUGGAGCAGAGGGGGAUCACAGCGUGCCCCAUGAUCCUCGUCUUUGGAUGUCGGCAGUCACAAAUCGAUCACAUUUACAAAGAAGAAACGAUUCAGGCCAAAAACAAGGGGAUAUUCAAAGAACUGUACACAGCCUACUCCAGAGAGCCAGGAAAACCAAAGAAAUACGUCCAGGAUAUUCUCCGUGAGCAGCUGUCGGAGACAGUCUACAGCUACCUGAAGGAGCGGGCUGGUCACAUCUAUGUGUGUGGGGAUGUGACCAUGGCUGGGGAUGUCCUGAAGACCGUCCAGCAGAUUGUUAAGCUGCAGGGCAACAUGCCUCUGGAGGAUGCUGGCUUCUACAUCAGCAAAUUACGCGACGAAAACCGCUACCAUGAAGACAUCUUUGGGGUCACCCUGCGCACUUACGAGGUCACCAAUAGGCUGAGGUCGGAAUCCAUCGCUUUCAUCGAGGAGAGCAAGAAGGACUCGGAUGAGGUGUUCUGUUCAUAGAAAUGUGCAGGACCAAGCCAAGUGACCUGGAUUGGAUCCCUUGAAGGGGAAACUCACGUAAACCAAGCAGCUAGUCAACAAUACUGUGCCAAGUUUUAUACUGUAAAUUAUUACCAAUGCAUUUUUCUACCAGUUAUGCUUUGCGAUGGUUAGGCAAUGCACUUGGUCUGUGGAAAUCAUUUUCAAUGUUAUUUUCAGAGGUUGUGGGGUUUUUUUUUUCUUCCCCCAAAUGCACUUUUUCUUCAUUACUUUGAAAUUGAUUUGCUUUGAAGCACUGUUCCCCCAACCUGCUAGCUGUCUCAGUAACAAUGCAUGAGAGAGACAGCAGUAUGCGGCGUAUUCAGUAUAUUCAAUGUUAAAUAUUUAAUGUGAGAAUAAAUGCCUGGUUGAUAA